AUGACAAGCAGUACAGUCUCUGUCGCCGUGGGCUGUGCAGUGGGUAUACCGAUCGGGGUAGGUUUAUUAGUCGCGUUCUUUUUCUGGUGGAGAUUACAAAGGAGGUUUAAGAAAGAGGAGCAGAUGGACCAAGAAUUAGAAAGGGCUGUUUACGAUGAAUCAGGGUUUGUGAGCUUUGAUAAUUCAGAUACAUUACAGGAACCACAACAAGAAGGCGCAGAAUUGGAUAAUGAUAAUAACAAUAACAGGAAAACCAAAUAUUAUGUUCCUGCUUAUCGUAAAAAGAUAAAUUCAAUGACUAUACGAAGUUCAACUAGACCAAAUAACAUGGAUUCUAGUAAUAAUAGUAAUAAUCACCUGGAUUCACCUCAAAUUUUUGGUGAAAGUGGAGAUCCUUCCACCAAUUCUUUGGCCUCCUUCCAGAAAUUACAAGCAGGAAAGAGACAGGUGAGCGUUUACGAUCAAAUGAUACCUAUAAUACCCAGUGACGGGCAAAAGAUUCCAUAUAGCACGAUACAGCAAGAAACGCUUACAGAUAGAAGUUCUUCCAAUGUUGAUAUGGUGACUCCUCAUAGUAACGAUGAUUUGAUUAAAAAUUUACAAAAUCAAGACUUUGGUUCUUAUCCAAGGCGUCCAUCCUCCACGAAUAUAAGUAAAUUAGGGGCCCCACAAGUUCAUUUGAGUAAUUAUUCAAAUUCAUCCUUCCAUACGAGGGAGUCUUCCAUAUCGGCAGCUAUGCAUCCUCAAGGAAGUGUCGAAAACAUAUUUGCCACUCCAAAGAAUGAAUCUCCCGCUAGAUUUAAUGACAAUGCGUCACCAAUCCCUAAUAAUAAUAUCAAGAACAGUAAUGCAAGUAAUAAUAGUACCAGCACCAAUACGGAGAAUGGUAAUUACACGUUAAAAAAUAAUUACGACAUGGAUGAUACGAAUAUGAUUGCCGAGGAAGACCAAUACGAAAAUGAAUUCACUAAUUAUUCCGAAAAUAGAAGAGAGUUCAUUGAUAGUCUAAGACCAAAAUAG